UUAAUUUUUUUCAACGAUCUGACAGCACUGCUGACGUUUGUUUACAUUUUUUAUGUUGAUGUUUACUAUUUUGUUGUUUUGUUAAAUUAAUAAUGGAAGAGGUGAUGGUUACUUCAAAGAUCAAUUCUGUGGACGAUUUAAGCGAUGAACAAUUCCUGGAAAUCUUCAAAAUACCGCGAACAGUUUUCAUGUUCCUGUUCGGCGAAAUAAAACGCCACUUCAAGCCGCCUCGUUUGAAGGCUGUGACACCGAUGACCCGACUAGCUUGUUGCCUUCAAAUACUUUCCAACAAAAAGCUCAACCAAAAUGUUCUGCGACAAAAUGUUUCGAUAUGUCCAUCGUUGUCAGUGUCCCAGCCAGUUGUUUCGCGAUCCGUCGACAUGGUGCUAACCGUCUUUGAGAAGAAAAUAUGCCCCAAGUGGAUUAAGUUUCCCACAGCUGACGCAGACAUUGCGAAGUGUAAAGGACGAUUUUUCGACGAGACUGGACUGACAAAUGUCAUUGGUUGUGUGGCGUGCUUGAACAUUAGUGUGCUGCCUUUCAUCAACAAUCAGGAACGGUUCGGCAAUUCAGAUGGAGUUCAAUCAAUAAAUGUUCAGGUGGUAUGUGAUUACGAUAUGAAAAUACUCUCAGUCGAUCCUCGAUAUCCCGGCGGUGUACCUGCAACAGAUAUCUGGUCCGUCUCCGCCGAAAAAGAUGAACUGGAACGCUGCUAUCGGAAUGGCAACAAACACAUUUUACUGGGCGGACCGGAUUACACGUUAGAACCGUGGCUUAUGACGCCAUUCUUACCGGACGCUCUUUUGACGAAAGAAAGAAUCAACUUCAAUCAGAAACAUGCACAGGCCCACAAAAGGAUAUUGAAAUGUUUAUCCAUUUUGCAAGAUAAAUUCGAAAUUUUGCUGAGUACUCGUUACCCUGCCGAAAAGAUGACGAAGAUUGUGAAUGCGUGUUGUGCAUUGUAUAACAUUUUCUUGGAACACGGCUGUUUCAAUGACCAAAUCGAUGUGGAUGACUCCGGCGUGGUAAACAAUAAAGAUAUCAGUGAUUCAUUGAACGGUCAAGUUGAUGGUCCAGAUAGAAAUCCUUAUUACAAUUUUGGCUGCGAGAUACGCGAUGAAAUGAUGCUGCAUUUGUCCGAAUAAAAACUAAAUCGAAACGAAGCUCCA